AUGUCGUCGGUCUCGCCGCGGCAUACGGUGCGCGACUACUUUGCCCGCCCGGUGGUCUCACAGAGCCUCGUGAGGACCCAGCCGACCUCGCCGCCGCCCAGGACACGCCGCCGCCACGGACGCAAAGGGCGAGGGCACUCGCUCCGGGCGGCCAUCCUUGCAGAAAACCCGCUGGCAAAGACGCUUUCGGUGCCCGAUAGGACGUGGAAGGUGCGCCAGGAGAUGCUAGCCCGUCCGCGACGCUCGGCCUCGGCCUCGACCCGCGCCGCAUCGUCCCGCUCCCGCUCCCGUGCCGGGUCGCGCCCGGCGACCGCGGCUGGUGGCCGUAAGCGGCGGCAGCGCCGCCCGAGGACUGCGGCUGGCGCAACGGUGAGAAAGGAUGCCAAGGACGAGUCACGAGCCAUUCAGGGUGUGUCGGUCCACUACUCGCGGGCGCGACCUGCAACUGCGCGGGCGCGCGUCGAGGAUGCACAGGCCAAGCGCAAGACCCAGACAUACCUGCGCAAGCUGGAGCACCGCUGGCGGAAACGGACCGAUCGCUCGCCGUUUCUGGUCGAUCUGGUGGCAGAGAAGGAACGGGUUGACGAGUCGAACCGUGUCCGGGCGUACGAACGUGAGCGCAAACGCCGUGAACUGGAGGCUGGGAAGCGUGCCCUUCAGCAGGAGCUUAUGUUUGCCGUCGCUGAGGACGGCAACGCCGAGAUUCUGUUCGAGGACGAGUGGCAGGCGCUGCUCGACGCCGAGCGGGUUCACCGCCACGCGCUUGCUGAGCUUGACCGCCGUCGCUACGGCAUCGCUGUUCUGGAGAUGCAGACCGACCAUGACGCCAGCGACGACGACGCUGCUAUCGGUGCCGAUGAGAACGGCCCGCCGCUUGCCCACAUCAAGCCGGCGUCGCCGCCCGACACCAGCGCCCGCCCGCCGCACGAGGCCAUCUCGCCGCGGCGCAGGGUCCCUUCCACGCUCCGAGUUGGCAUCAAGCGGCUGGAGUGGGUGAGCGGAGCAGCAGAUGUCCGCAUGGCGGUGCUUGCUGCGCCCAACACGGCACACGUGCCGCUGCAAGCGACCCAGCUCGAGUCUCAGGACUCGGUCGACCUCGUCGAGAUGGCGCCUUCGGCCGCAGUUGCGUCGGGCUAUGAGGCGCCGAACCCAUGGAUUGUGCACCGGCCGGUCCCCAAUCACCCGUCGCCAGUCAUUGACCUAUUUGUGCUGGAAGACCUGGUAGUGGUCGGCUGUGGACGACUUGUGCUCUCGCCGCUGUCAUUUACCCGGACCAACUAUGUCGAGAUCGGUGUCCACGGUGUCGACCCGGCCUCCGGAACGCUUGGCGCACUGUGCGGCAAGCUCCAACUCGAGGUUGUCUCUAGCCUGAAGAACGACGACGUGCACUCGGCCUCGUCACCGCGGCUGAUGGUGACCAACACGUACACCAUGCCAUCGUUCCGUUCCACAUCGAACUUGCAAGAGUAUUGAAGCCUUCGGCCUCCUCACAACUGCUUGUUGCGCUUCCUGCGACUGUCGCGCCGCCCGCGAUGCCGGAGCGCAUCAAGCGACUCUUGCGACAGGGAUGACGACGCAGACGGAGGAUAGAGCGUGAGCGAUGUUGUGUCAAAGUCGUCAUCGUCGUCGUCGUCGUCGCCGCCGCCGACACAGACAGCGACAGACGCCGCGGGUGGAACGGAGCGAGACGGUGAUGCAGCUGUGGGCGUAGCCUGUGAAGCUGCCUGGGACGAGGUCUGGGAUGCCGGUGGUGUGGCAAGCGUGAAAUCGAUCGCCGCGGCGGCCUUGGAUGACCUGAGCGUCUUGGGCUUCUUUCGGGGUCGAGACGACGUUGACGCUGCAGUUGCGGUGGAAGCGACUGAGGCUGUGGUGGCCCUUGUGCUGGCCUUUGUCUUGGACCUUGACUUGGCCGCAGUGGCCUUAGUCGCGGUCUUGGCCUUGGCCUUGGCCUUGCCC